CGCCACUGGCAAAGAGGAACCGAGCUGAAUAGGCCUAAUACCGAAGAACUUUCUCUGCCAGUACCAGUAACAUGAUCGAACCCUGGAUUAGCGAGCCCGCGCCUUGGUCUAUAAAAUGUAUUGCUUGUCAUUGGCUAGAUGCUUUGGUUAUAUAAAGGGUGUCUGUCGCUAUAUUUAUUAUUAUAAGGUCCAUGUUAUCAGUAAGAAGUUUUGGUAAUACUAAAACUAAGCUGAGGGUCGUUACGAUGACCGUCUGGUUGUCAAUAUCUACGAACUGAAAACACUGUGAACUCAACUGUAAUUAUAGAGUACUGAAAUUUGUUUUGGCGGGAAACAGGCGGCAAGACGCAUAAAGCCACGUGGUCCAAGACUUUCAUACUAUUGUGCAAUCACAUCACAGCCAAGGUAUAACAAGUCGUACUGCCAACGUUUGCAUAAACCUAUUUAAUAGUGUGUGUCUUUUGGCGCUAUCAUUAUCACAGGUAAAGAUGGCAGGAGUGUUGAGUCCAAGAGAAACAGGAAGAUUAAUUGCUGAAACAAGUAAAGAUGUUUCAAUAUGUACUGAUGGUAUCAAGAAGACAGCUCAAUUGGUUUUUGAUCAUGUGAAAAAAGAUGCCUUUAGUGUGAAGUCGUGGAAAGAACAUGAACUCAAUCCUAAAACAAUGGAUAAAGCUGCUGUAGAUUGGGUUUUUCUUGCGGACACCUUAAAUUUUUCGUUUUAUUCUGAUGAUGAGACAAAGAAAUAUAGCGUGGAAUAUGGUGGAAAGAAACAUACAGGUUACUGGUCAUUGUGUGCCGCCAUUAAUAGAGCUUUAGAUGAUGGCAUUCCUAUUACUGAUCCUAAUUAUUAUGCUUCUAUUGGUCAAGAGAAACUAGCAAGUAUUCUACGUUCAGAUACAGACUAUAAUAUACCUCUACUAGAUAAACGUGUUGAAGUUUUACAUGAAGCUGGUUCUGUUUUAUUAAAGAAAUAUGAUGGUAGCUUUAUUAAUUGUAUAAAGCAAUCAGAGAAGAGUGCUCAGAGUUUGUUGAAGUUAGUGGUUGAAGAUUUUCCUGCCUAUAGAGAUGAAGCAGAAUAUAACGGUAAAAAAGUGGCUUUCUACAAACGUGCUCAGAUAUUGAUAGCAGAUGUAUGGGGCUGUUGUGAAGGCCAAGGUUAUGGAGAAUUUAAUGAUAUUGAUACUAUAACUAUGUUUGCAGAUUACAGAAUUCCACAGUGCUUGGUCUAUUUUGGUGCCUUAAAAUAUUCAGAUGACUUACUUCAGACAUUACACAAAGGUGUAAAUAUUGGAAAUGGAGACAGGCAAGAAAUGGAGAUCAGAGGUUGUAGUAUCUGGGCAACAGAGUUGAUCUGUGAAGAAACAAAAAAGCUUUUAGCUGCUGAUCCACAGACAGUCGAUGCUGAUAUAAAUGCUAUUUUAGUAGAUCAUUAUUUGUGGGAUUACAGACGUGAGAAGGCAGAUGAAAUGAGAAAUAUUCCUUUCCACAAAACAAGAUGCAUCUACUAUUGACGAUUAUGACAAAUUCAUCCAUAGGCAUGUUUGUUAAGGAAGGCAAUUUUGAUGUAUCCGAAAUUUUACAUAAAAUCCUGGUACCAAUUUCUAAUAAAAAGUCUUUUUUUUAUCAAUCAGCAAUACACAUUUAACCCAAAUCAAACAAUAUGUAACUUAUUUUUCAGCUGGAUUACUUUUUUUAGUGGGGAAACUGCCAAAAUGUGAUCUAACAAAAGGACUUUUAGGGAUAUUGGUGUAGAUAUAUAACCAGAUAUUUGACAAGCUUACUAAGAUAAGAAGCACUAGAUAUUGUUUUAUGGCCUUUAAGUAACUUCUGCACUCCUGUGGCCAAAUUUAAUUGUUAAUUGGUUAAUCGUUUUGCUUUCACUGUUCGAUUUCUUUUCUUUCGUGCUUUUGCCGGAUUUGGGAAAGCAGACCCCCUCCCAUCCCCUUGCUCAUAAGCCCAUGAAUUCUUUAAUUAUAUCUUUGUGUAUACACAAAUGUAUACAUGCCACAUUUUAUGCAGGGUUUGAGUGUGUCUUCUGGGGUUUUUUUUCAUUCCAUCCUAUUACCAUGCCUAAAUGUGUGUCAUGUUCAACCCAAAAAUAGCUAUAAAAUGCAGGGUUUGAGUGUGUCUUCUGGGUUUUUUUUUCAUUCCAUCCUAUUACCAUGCCUAAAUGUGUGUCAUGUUCAACCCAAAAAUAGCUAUAAAAUGCCCUUAGUCUUUCCUUUGUAGGAUGUUUUGAUAAAAUCGUUGCAUUUACUGUAAAUGGAUGAGGUUACUGUUUCUAGACAUAACCACUUUUUGGUAAACGAACAAGUACAUUAAUAAGAAUUUUGUUUAAACUUUACAAGAGUAGAAAAAUAGUAUAUUGAGACAGCAGUUAAAACCAAAUUGAUGCAACAUACUGACUAAAAGACCCAAACCAUUGAUGUCACCUACAGAUUAAAAGGAUUAGGCCAAAUUAAAAUAAUCUGUGUUUAUGGUUACCUGACCCACCCAAUCUUUUGAACUAAAACCAUUGACCCUAAACUUCCUUUUUCAUUUCUCAAUUCCUAUAACUGGACCUUGGCUUGAUAGACAACUCCCAACACUGAAAUUUCGGUAUUAUUUUCAAGAACCUUAAUUUCGUCGGUUACAUGGAGAGUGGAAACGGUCCCAUUACAUUUGCACCAGACCGACUUUUUCGCUGGUGAAAACGCAUAGGUUAUAUUAGCAUUGUGUUAUCACGUAAAAGUCGCCAAAAAAGUAUAAUAUACUAAUUUGUUUCCUCCACUUAAUUAAUAUGGUCACCACCCACGUGUGAUAUGCGUUUCAAGUGGGAAGCUGAAUCAUUGAAAGAAUAUUUUAAUGCAAAUGAGCUAACUAAAUCCUCAAAUUUUCAAACUGCGACCGAUAUUAAUAACAUUAAUAAGAAUGUACUGCAACUUGAAACAGUUUUAAAAACGGGCUAAACCCUAUACUAGAAUACUCAAGUAAAGAAAGAAAAAUGCUAAACCAUGGUUUGAAACGUCAGUGUACAAAUGAGAAGACAAAACUGAUUAAAUCUAAUAAGCGUGAAUUCAAAGAUGAAUUACUUACUAAACUUGAUGAUUUGGCUAAAACAAACAAGAUCAAUCAAUUCGUUUUGAUCCCGAAACCGUAAAAUCUCACUUCCGGGACUUGUGUAAAAUAGAUACAAAUUCUACUGAUUCUUUCGAUAAUAACUUUAUGAUUGAUAUCAAACGAAAACUGAAAGUUCCGUAAUAAACAGGAACUUAUUCUAAUACGUGGAAUGAACCUAUUCAUCGCAAGGUGGUUCACAUUCACAUUGCAAAAUUAAAGAGUGAAAGAUUAGACGGAAUAAGCAAUGAAAUUAUUUUAAAGGCUUAAAAGGCGCUUAAAGCCCGCAUUUCACCUAAGUUAGUGGAAAUAUUUAAUAGUUGCAUGCAUAUCGAUGGGUAGAAGGUUUUAAAUACAGAUGUGACGUCAUCCUUUGAUGUUGGUGCGCCAUUAUUUCAACUAAUGGUACGGGCAAUGUGCCAAGCCACAGGCACUUGAAGGGAUUAAAAUAAAACUUCUUACUACUGCUUGAAGAAGUUUUAUUUUAAUCCCUUCAAGUGCCUGUGUGCCAAGCGUACAUUAUUAUACUAGUUGUAAUAUUGAACGCGUAUGACGUAUUUCAUUGAAAUGCACGUGGUGGAGAGUGUCUGUAUUUUUUAAGUUGUUUAAUGGUCUCGUGCCAGACAUUGCGUAAUAUACAGAUAUUGCACUCGUACAAUAUCUUAUUAAAUAUGUCUCGCACUCGACCAUUAAACUACACAUAUUGGAUAUUGGACCAAUCAAUAAAGUCAAGUCACCGCAGAGUGCGAAUGAUUUUAGAGGUCUUAUAACCAGUGACAGUUGUGGCUUUAGAAAACAUUAUAAAACCUCUAACAAUAUCUUAAUUUUAAGAGCUUUAAGAUAAGUGUUUCAAAGAGAAAAGAUGUCAUUAUGUUUGUUUCAAUGAUUUUAAUAAAGCUUUUGAUAGAGUU